AUGUGGACAACAACCUGCGGCUUACGGGGCAAGAAGCUCCAUCUAGCCAUCACCAUCACUUCCGUCGUGGGCUUCUCCCUCUUCGGUUAUGAUCAGGGUUUGAUGUCUGGUCUUAUCUCCGGAUCUCAGUUCGUGAAGGAGUUCCCCCCUUUGGACGACUCCAUCCGCCCCAUUCCCGACGGUUAUAGCAGCGUGAAAGCCUUCACAUCCCAUGUCUCCGUUCUCCAAGGUGCCGUCACGGCCUGUUACGAACUGGGCUGUUUCUUCGGUGCCAUCUUCACUCUCUGCUUCGGUGAGCGUAUCGGCCGCACUCCUCUUCUGGUGACUGGUGGUGCGCUGAUGGUUCUCGGUACUGCCAUUUCCACCGCUGCUUUCGGCCCUCACUGGGGUUUGGGCCAGUUCGUCGUCGGCCGUGUCAUUUCCGGUCUCGGCAACGGCAUGGACACUGCUACUAUCCCCGUCUGGCAGUCCGAGUGCUCUCGCGCCCACAACCGUGGUUUCCUUGUCUGCUUCGAGGGUGCUAUUAUCGCUGUCGGUACAUUUGUCGCAUACUGGAUCGAUUUCGGUCUUUCCUACGUCGAUUCCUCGGUCCAAUGGCGUUUCCCCGUCGCUUUCCAAAUCGUCUUCGCUCUCGCCGUCAUCGUUGGAGCUCUGAUGCUUCCUGAGUCCCCUCGUUGGUUUGUCAUGCGGGGCCACGACCAGCAGGCAUUGGAGGUCCUGGCUGCUCUUAACGACAGCACCGUCGAUGCAGAGGAUGUACUCACCGAUUACAACCUGAUGAAGGCCGACCUGAACGCCCAAGAGGGUGCCAAGGCCAGCUGGACCACCCUCUUCAGGUCUGGCAAGACCCAAGAAUUCCAGCGCAUGAUGAUCGGUUGCUCCGGCCAGUUCUUCCAACAGUUCACUGGCUGCAACGCUGCUAUCUACUACUCCACUCUGCUGUUCCAGAACAACCUCAACAUCAAGGGCAAACUGUCAUUGGUUUUGGGCGGUGUCUUCGCCACGGUCUAUGCUCUCGCAACGAUCCCCUCUUUCUUCAUGAUUGAGAGGGUGGGCCGUCGCAAGUUGUUCUUGAUUGGUUUCGCUGGUCAAGGUCUUUCUUUUAUUAUUACCAUGGCUUGCCUGAUCGAUCCCACCACUCAAAACGCCAAGGGUGCCGCUGUCGGUAUCUUCCUGUUCAUCUGCUUCUUCGCCUUUACAACGCUGCCUCUGCCCUGGAUCUACCCCCCGGAGAUCAACCCUCUUCGUACCCGUACCAUGGCUGCCUCGGCUUCCACCUGCACCAACUGGAUCACUAACUUCGCCGUCGUCAUGUUUACACCCGUGUUCUCCUCCACCAGUGGCUGGGGUAUCUACCUCUUCUUCGCCCUUGUCAACUUCAUCGGUAUCCCCUUCGCCUGGUUCUUUUACCCUGAGACCGCCGGCCGCGAUCUUGAGGAAAUCGACAUCAUCUUCGCCAAGGCCCACAUUGAGAAGAAGUGGCCUUACCAGAUUGCCAACCAGAUGCCUAAGCUCACUGUUGAGCAGAUCUCUCAGAUGCAAACCGAGCUGGGUCUGGAUACCUCAGAUCACCAGGUCGCCUCCGAGUCUGAGAAGGCCGAGAUCGCGAUGAGCAGUGGCGAAAGCGUGGAGAAGCACGCCUCGAACUAG